AUGUUUCCAAGAAACCACGAAAUAGUGAAGUUCUCUGACCUUGACUCAGAUGUUCAGGAGCUCAUCAGAACAGCUGUUUCUUAUAGGCAGAAAGCUCACUGCCCAUACAGUAAAUUUCCAGUAGGAGCAGCGUUGAAGUGUGAUGACGACUCUGUGUUCGGUGGUUGUAAUGUUGAAAACGCCGCAUAUGGUUCCAGUAUAUGUGCUGAACGCACUGCAAUUGUGAAAGCCGUAAGUGAAGGCAAAAAGCUGUUCAAGCAUUUUGCGAUAACGGGAGAUGUAACUCAGGGAUUUAUAUCGCCCUGUGGCUCAUGUCGUCAAGUGAUGGUUGAAUUUGGAACAGACGUGAAAGUCUAUCUGGCAAAGCCAGAUUUUUCAGAUGUUCUAGUGACAGAUAUGGACACUAUAUUGCCUCUAGCGUUCAUUCCACUGUCAAUGCCUAAGUGA